UGCAGUGGUGUGCUGUGUUUGUUUGUCAUUUCUUGGUGACAAACAAACUCUUUGAAAAACACAACAUACGUGUUGUGUUGUCCCAUCGUUGAUUGGCGCACAACAUGGCGCAGUGAAAUAUACCAAGAAGGAAUUUAUUUUUUUGCGUUUUUUACAAGGCUACAUGUUGGACGCUUGAGCCAAGCUGCUGCGCGCCCUAACUCUUCAACAACAACAACAGCAAGGCUACAUAAUAAGUACUCUCCCCACCAUUACGGCCUGUUUAUACGACAUUGACAUAUAGGGCCUUGUAUACGGCUUUAGACUAUUUACGGCAUUUUCUCCGCUAGUUUCCUGCGUUCCUAGGUACGGUACAAACUGUGCGGCCUCCUGUAUCAAGCAUACAGGAUCUCCCGUAACUUAUACGGCCUUGCUCCCGUUUAUUGGUUUUGAUGGGGCGAGAUUAGCCAAAAUGCCCUCCUGCUUUUAUUGAGAUGUAGAGACACAUUUUAUUGGUGAAUGGACAAUGGUAGUAGGGUGAAAGACCUUGGAUAAUCGUAGUAAAGAAAUAAUGAGUAGACCAUAACAAGACUAAGCUGGUCGAAGCUUGGAAUAUCAGAAUAGCAGCGGCCAUGGAGGCGCCGCACCCGCUGGCCAUGAUGCCGGCCGGGAUGGGCGUGGCUGUGAAGGAGGAGUGGGAGCGCCAGUCGCCGGUGUCGCUGCACUCUGCUCACCUGCAGCACGGCAGCGCGGCGACCCUCCUGGCGCCGCUGGGCCGGCCCGGCCACGCGCAGCACCCGCUGCCGCUCAGCAUCAUGAGCGUCACCAUGCAGGAGCCGGACUGUCUGCUGCUCGGUAACGGCAGCGCUGGCGGCGGCGGGGGCGGCACCGCGGCCGCCCGGCCCCCACCCGAGCCGUGCCGCUGCGAGCAGUGCGGCAAGGUGCUCUCGUGCGCGGCCAGUCUGCGCCGCCACCAGGUGACCCACUCGUCGGAGCGGCCGCACGCCUGCGCCGAGUGCGGCCGUGCCUUCUCCACGGCCGCCUACCUGGCCGCCCACCAGAGCACGCACACGCAGGAGCGGCCGCACACGUGUCCCGUCUGCGGCAAGGGCUUCACGCGCUCCACCGGCCUCAACCGGCACAUGGAACUGCACCUGGAGGGUCGCCGACUGCCGGCGCCGCCGCCGGCCGUCAGCUCGGCCGCGGCCGGAGGGGCGCCGCCGCCGGCGGCCACGGUACCGGCGGCCGCGCGCCCGCCGCCGCCGGCCGGCGCCAGUCCGGCCGCCCAGUGCGGCGUCUGCGGGAAACACUUCACUCGCGCGCUCAGCGUCAAGGCGCACAUGCGGAUCCACACUGGCGAGCGGCCGCACAAGUGUCCGCUGUGCGACAAGGCGUUCAAGAACGCCUCCCACCUGAAGGUACACAGCCGCACGCACACCAAGGAGCGCAGCCACGCCUGCGAACACUGCGACAAGCGGUUCGCCGAGUCGAGCAGCCUGCGCCGCCACAUGCUGGUGCACACGGGCGCGCGGCCGUACGAGUGCGAUAUCUGCGGCAAGGAGAUGCGCUACCUGUCCCACCUGAAGGCGCACCGGCGCAAGCACACCGGCGAGACGCCCUACCAGUGCAGCCUGUGUGGCCAGCUGUUCCGGCUCUACCAGACCUACCGACUGCACGUCAAGAAACACGAGGGCCAGCUGCCCACGUGCCACACGUGCGGCAAAACGUUCAGCAGCCGCACGCGGCGCGACGAGCACGCGGCGCUGCACACGGCCGGCGUGAUAAACGAGCGCGGCGAGGCGCCGCCGCCGCCCGGCCGGCCGCUGGGCCUGGUGCACCAGCCGGCGCCGGCGCUGCCGCCGCACCCUGGCCGGGCGCUGCCGCUGCGGCUGGACACGCUGCUGGGCCGGCGGCCGGACGGCCCGCAGCUGGCCGAGCACCGGGCCGCCGACGGCCUGCUGGACCGCCGGCUGGACGAGCCCAUGGACGAGCUGUCGGUGGACGGGCCGCCGCCGCCGCCGCUGCCGCAGUGAGGGCGGACCGGGCGGGCACGGAGCGGAGAGCAGUGAUCUGACCGGCAGGGAGCGGGCCGCGGACGGUCGGCGGGACCCACCGCCUCCACAGCCAGCGGGACGACUGGGGCCGGCGCGUGUUUUAACUAGGAUAGCCGCAGAGGUGCGGGCGGCGGCUGACGGGGGGCGGCCGCUCCGGAGACUCAGGUGAUUUGUGAAUCCAGUGUUAACGCACGAAUUUGACCAGUCCGUACGAGGUGACGAGCCGCGCCGCCAACGACCGUUGUACCAGAUAUAUACCUAUCAACGGCGUUACGCUGUGUAUAUUUUUUUCCGUUUUAUCUUCAAUAUUUUAUGUUGUGUGCAGCUUGUUCAUCAUGUUUCGAAGGACCAGCUCUGAAGUGCCGUGCGGGCUCAGUGCCUUUGUUCCCUAAAGGGAAACAGUCAUGCUGGCAACGAGUCAAUUUUUGCCCAAAUUGUGGAUGUGGUUCAGCUUUUAUUGCUGCCAGGUGACAGCAGUGCAGGCUUGUUCGCUUGUCUUGUGCAUGGACGCGCGCGUUCGGACGCUGUUGUACAACUGCGCACGUUAGCUAGUGGACGUAGGCAGGGAAGUGACCGAUCCGGUACCGUUCUUUGCCGACUGCUGCCGUUGGGCGCCUAGUCUAGUCGGGCCUCGACCGCGCGCGGUGGGGGUCCGCACCUGCCUUACCGGACGCGCCUGUCGGCGGCGGCUCGCCGGUGUGGUCUGUCCGUUCUCAGUGAUUGUGGCGUCCCGGGGUUUCCUUUGGUAGAGGCCGACUGCGGGCCACUGACGUGUCGCUGUGUCGGUGACGAAAUACAGUGUGUUAUCGUAA